AUGGACAGAACACGAACCCACGACGAAAACUCGCUACAUGAGUACAGAAAGCCGACUGCGGCCGGAGGAGCCCCCACCAAACGAGUGGCACUCGGAACAGUGACCAACACCGCCUCGGUGGCUACCAAGGCCAAGGUUGCCAUCUCCAAGCCACCCCAAAGAAUCACCCGACAACCAUUAGUCGCACAGAACCAAAACAUUCCCCCAUUAGCAGCACAAACGUCAACUACCUCGCUUGUGCAGCCGUGCCCUGGUUCUGACGACACCGUGGACGAGGAGGUGGACACACAGACGGCCGAUGUUGAGCCAACACAGAUAGAAGACGACUUCUACGAGUCCGACGAGGAAGGCCCCACCCAACGAUUUGCUGUGUCGGAGUCCAACCCCCAGGCGCUGUACCCCGUGGUCGACAAGGAGUCCAUGGCCGAGCUCAACCGAGUGGCCACCUACUUUAGCACAAACAACGGCGUGGAUCUGGAUGAGAACGACGACGACACUUACGACAUUAGCAUGGUGGCAGAAUAUGCGGAGGAGAUCUUCACAUACAUGAAGGAGCUGGAGGUGCGGUUCCAGCCCAACCCCGGAUACAUGGACUCGCAGACGGAGAUCCACUGGGCCAUGCGGUCCAUUCUGGUGGACUGGCUGGUGCAGGUGCACCACCGGUUCUCGCUGCUACCCGAGACUCUCUUUCUCACCAUCAACUACAUUGACCGGUUUCUGACCAUCAAGACAGUGAGUCUCAGCAAGCUGCAGUUGGUUGGCGCGGUGGCUCUGUUUGUGGCCGCCAAGUACGAGGAAAUCAACUGCCCCAGCGUGCAGGAAAUCGCAUACAUGGUUGAUAAUGGCUACCAUGUAGACGAGAUUCUCAAGGCCGAGCGAUACAUGAUCGACUUGCUGGAUUUUAAUCUAGGGUGGCCCGGCCCCAUGUCGUUUCUGCGACGAACUUCCAAGGCCGACGACUACGACCUGGAAACCCGGACUCUCGCCAAGUAUUUAUUGGAGGUGACCAUCAUGGAGAAGACCUUUGUUGGCGCCCCACCAUCGUGGCUUGCUGCCGCAGCACACUUUCUGUCGCGGCGCAUGCUUAACCGUGGCCAUUGGACCGAUGGCCACACUUAUUACUCUGGCUAUACCGAAAAGCAGCUGCUGCCCGCCGUCAUGCGGAUCAUCCAGUGCUGCCGGGACCCGCUUACCCACCACAAGGCCAUUUUCGAGAAGUACAAGGACCGCAAGUUCAAGCGUGCAUCGGUCUAUGUGCAGGAGUGGAUGGACCAUGAGGAAAACAACCACUAA